CCAAAUGGCAAGAACGAAGCAGACAGCCCGUAAGUCCACCGGCGGAAAGGCUCCCAGGAAGCAGCUGGCCACCAAGGCCGCUCGUAAGAGCGCCCCGGCCACCGGCGGUGUCAAGAAACCUCACCGUUACAGGCCCGGCACCGUGGCUCUCAGAGAGAUCCGCCGCUACCAGAAGUCCACCGAGCUCCUUAUCCGCAAACUGCCCUUCCAGCGUCUGGUUCGGGAGAUCGCGCAGGACUUCAAGACUGACUUGCGCUUCCAGAGUUCCGCCGUGAUGGCUUUGCAGGAGUCCAGCGAGGCUUACUUGGUCGGUCUGUUCGAAGAUACCAACCUGUGUGCCAUCCACGCCAAGCGGGUCACCAUCAUGCCCAAAGACAUCCAGCUGGCCCGCCGCAUUCGUGGAGAGAGAGCUUAAGUCACCCAAGUUUACUCUA